CUUUGAUAAGAAGUCGGAGACCGUGUUUGGACACUGGGUCAGGAACCGCCAUUCCCCUGCAAGUUGUUCGAUGAAAUGCCUGAAUGAGCUCAAAAGUCAAAACUUGCGACGAAGAGAAUUCCAUGCAGUACUUGGCAGGGUAGAGCGUGAACUCCAUCAGUCCUCCGCCAUUGAUGAGGACCUGUCUCCCAAGCGCGUUUAUGUUCAUGGUAUCUCGAAAAUGAGGGUGGAGAAGCUUGAAGAUCGGGUGAACUACGCUGAGCUGCCUGUUUGUGGCAAUGACAAACGGCUCGAUCACGGCAUGAGUGUGCAAGAAGUGACUGAUGAGCUCGUGGUAGCCGGAAUCGUUUACUGCUACAUAUGCUUUGGCCAACUGCCAAAUGAUUUCUUCGAG